AUGAUAAGAGGAGCUCCGUCCUCCAGGAGGAGGUCUGAAUUCAGGACUAAGUUGCGGUUCUGGGCGCGAUGGAGCUCGGAGCCCGAGAUCAAGGAGAUCAAGCGCCUCAAGCAGAAAUUAAUUUCCCAGGAUAUCCCAGCUGAAAUUCAACAUAUUGUUUCCAGCGGGGUCCUGCUUCUCCCCGGUUUCCUGGAGAACCAGAAACUCAGAGAGCAGAACGAUGAUCUGAAUGGACAGAUCCUAAGCCUCAGUCUCUAUGAAGCCAAGAACCUCUUUGCAACGCACACAAAAGCCCAGUCUCUGGCCGCUGAGAUCGACAACGCAUCGAGAGAUGAGCUCAUGGAAGCCCUGAAGGAACAGGAGGAGAUAAACUUCCGUCUGAGGCAAUACAUGGACAAGAUCAUUCUCGCUAUCCUGGAUCACAAUCCAUCCAUACUGGAAAUCAAGGACUAGGAAUGUGUCUGUAAGGGACUGAGAGAGAGAGAGAGAGAGAGAGAGAGAGAGAGAGAGAGAGAGAGAGAGAGAGAGAGAGAGAGAGAGAGAGAGCGAGAGCGAGAGAGAGGUACACAAAGCAACAAUGAAAAAACAACACCACCUGCAGCUGCUCCACCCGCUGUUACUGCUCAGAAAGUCAUUUUGUGUUUGCAGGGAUGUUUUCGAUACCUGCUGUAGUAAUCUGUGAAUCACGAAGAUGUGUAUAAUCUUUUUUGUUUUCCCCGAUUUUUUUAUUUAUUUUUUUUUGGGGGGGGGAGGAGUCAAGGCUGCUGUAGUCUUAAAAGAAGCUUUUAGAGGUAGUCGUUAUAACUGGAAAAUGCUAUUAUAAUAACUGGAUAAAAAGCCUACCUCUGGGCAUGAAGGUACAGCGUUAGAUGAAGCCAGCGCUAAGCCAGUAACUCAGCAUUGUGUCAGUGUUUUAGUGCUUCCGCAGUAACAGUCUGUGGUGCCUCAUAGACCCAGGUUCUAUAUGUAGCUGCUAGAUCUUGAACUGUUUUACUGUGAGUGCUACAAGCAGGUCUCUUGUUCUGGAUGUCAUGCAGGGGCUGCUGAUACAUUCAGAAGGGAGGCUGCUAUUAGAGCUGUGCAGUCGACACACAGCUUCAUCAGAGACUACUUGAAGGGUUUGGGGACCCCAGGAGCUGAGCUAGCGACUGUUACAGUGUAUACCGUGCAGCACUUUGCAUCUUGUGUGACUGUUGAACUCCACAGUAAAAUAGGCCCUUCCCAGGCUUGGCUAGCCUCACAGUUCACAAGAACUCACAGUUAAGGGAGUUUGCUCGAUAGCAGUGAGCAAUCAGAGGGCUGGGGAGCUUUGUGACGCAGUGAAGUGAGUGGUGCCGAGGUGUCGUCCUUCACGAUGGAGACCGGAGACCGGAGACGCUCAGGGAGGUCGGGCUGGUUCUUCUUUGUGAUCCAGUGGGCAGGGAUAAACCACACUACUGCACUGCACUGCACUGCACUGCACUGCACACGCUCAAGACUGCAUUCACACAUUAGCUAUAUCGUUUAGAAAAUUUGGCACCAGCUAACAAACCCUGCCCUAAUCAAGCUCCGCUCCCCCAGCACUUCAUUGAGUUUUUAGUGUUUUGUGUUACAGUAAAUAUGGGUCAUUUGAGUAGUCAUGACCAGAAACUAUCCUCAUCUCUGAUUGAUGAGGAAUACAAAAAUUAAACGUGUCUGCUGACGCCAGAAUUGAAUUUUGCUGAGCAGUCAAAUUGUCCAGCUAAACAGUCUUAUAUGCAGGGUGGUUCGUAAGCAAUGGACCACUGUCAGAAUGACAGGACGAUUUUAGUAAUAUGGAGUGUAGGUGGUUUUGGUAGCUUGGUUUGAAUCCCACGCAGAGUGCCUGAGCAGGCAUGGGACCUACAAAGAGCUCUGCAUUGGCUUUGGGGUCUAAAACCAGAAGGCUGUUGCUUCAGGGACCACUUGUGGUGAGGCACUCUGCGAGACUAUCCCGGCUGGACCAGGGUUUAGUCUCUUGGUAACACCUGGUGCUGUUCAGGGGGUCUUUGAUACAGGCUGGACUGAAGUGAGCUGCUACUCAAUGGUGGGGGGGGGUCCCGGAGUUAGGAGAGGACAGGGGGAGGCCAGAGCUCAGGCUACUGCAGGGCUCCCUAUGGUCACAGUGUGUGUUUCAGCAGCAGCUGUGAAAGAACGGCCGGGAGACGCACUGUAAGCAGCUGGGGGUGUAAAAAUAGACAGCGUUACAGAUGCUGCUGGAUAGAUGGAAUAUCUACAAGCACAGGAAUGUUCUAUUGAUUUAGCAGUCAAUAUGAAUGUAAUAAUAAUGAAAAUACCUAAAAGAAUAUAUAUCUAUAUACACACACUGUAUGCUUUCUGUUAAAACUAGAACCCAGUGAUGGUUACAGGAAAAUAGUGAUAUUUUGAAAGAGAGAAGCUAUAGGAAUCAUUAAAAAGAAAAUCUGUAUUUUUUCAUACAGAUCUUAUUCAUCUAUGCCCUUGAAAGACAGAUGGGAAUGAAGUAGCGGUACACAUUGUACAGCUGGGUUCUAAGUGUGGGCAUGGCAUGAAAUGAGAAAGAAAGAGAGAAAGAAAGAUUUCACUCUCCUCCCUUGAUCAAAACUUGUGUAAGGGAUUGUAUCCUGUACACUCAGGCCAGUAAGCCAAUGUGUGGUUGUACCAGUGUCCUGUGGUGCUGUGGUGAAUGACAGCUAUUCUAAUACUGGUGAGUGGAGGUUUCAUUAUUUAAUGGUUCAAGUCCUAAGUCCUACAAUUUCAGAAUCCUUGGGUUUCAAUCUGGAUCAGAUAUCAGGAAAAUCAUUCUGAUUUGAAACCUGCAGCAGAUUUCAUGCAACAUGAUUGUGGUUUACUUAGUUAUAACUAAUGUGCCAGUAGCAGCAGUGAGCCACAGUGUGCUGAAAUGCUGGUGCAGGAUAUUAUCAUGAUCAGAUUAUCAUAUUAUCAGAGUGAUCUGUCAUAUCAGGAGCCCCCUCCAGUAAUAUCCAUCACUAGCACAGGCACUAUUCCAUGGUACAUCAGCAAUGUGCUGCCUGGAUGCACUGGACAGUCCGUUAACAACAUUAACAAGGGAGCAGGGAACAGCAAUGGAGAAGCACGCUCCACUUUAGGAACUUUGAGUAAUUGUGUAAGUCACCAGAAUUUAGUCUUCUGCUCUGAAAGCUAAAACGUAGACCUUGCCUCUAUCCUCCGAGUAAGCAAACAAUACAUAUAAUACAAAAAGACAUGCUCAUCAAUCACUGUAGGACAAGCUACUGCACACAGGCCUUCGAGGACAGGACUAGAGCGAGGAAUCGCGAUAAAGAGAAAAUAAAGAAGCAGGUACAUUUUGGUCCUCAGCUGGUGUGAACUUUGCACAACAAACAUAUACUUAAAUGUAAAUGCCAUAAAUGUAUCAUUUCAUUCUUAAUUGUGAUUGUUUCAUUUCUUAUAGAAAGUUUAAAAAAAAAUGUACUGAGAUGCUACAGAAGCAGUCAAUGUUGCACAUGCAUUAUUUAAAAGAGUUGUGUGUAGAGAAAAUGUAAAUGCUGUAAACUAUAUUGUGACAGAAUUUAGUUUUGC